AUGUCUGGAAACCAAAGCAACACAAGUGAAAACCAUUGUAUUUUUGACAACAAUAGCUUGAUCUUCACUCUGGUUCCACCCUACAUCCUGGUCAUCAGCGUGCUUGGAAUCAUCUUUAAUGUGUUUGUGCUGAUGGUUUUCUGCCUCCACAAGAAGGCCUGCGCUGUGGCUGAGAUCUACCUGAGCAACCUGGCUGGAGCUGACCUCGCUCUGGUGUGCUGUUUGCCCUUCUGGGCUGAAAAUGUAAGAAAGAGAUACGACUGGCCUUUCAGUGACAGCCUGUGCAAAGUGUCAUCAGCUGUUAUCUACAUGAAUGCAUUCUGCAGUAUUUACUUCCUUGUUCUGGUUAGCAUAGAUCGUUAUGUGGCACUGGUGCACCCGCUUUCCCAUGAGAGGAUACGUCAGCCAUUCUAUGCCAAAUUGGGAUGUCUGUUUGUGUGGAUUCUUGGCUUGGUCUUUGCUCUCCCCAUAUUCAUCUACAGGAAGUCAGAAUUCAACCCUCAGUCAAAUCUUACUCAAUGUUCACUUGACUUACCUUCACAAAAUCAAUAUCUGGCAUAUGAGGUGAUAACCAUAAUUUUCAGCUUCAUCAUCCCUAUUAUCAUUAUUUCCUUCUGCACUGUCAGAAUUUUUCAGUCACUGAGUAACAGGCUAAUGGAGGGUUUAAACACUAAGAAAAUGGAGCAGAAGGCCACCACUCUCAUCCUGGCAGUUCUCCUGGCAUUCCUGAUCUGCUGGGUGCCAUUUCACGUGACAAAGAUACUAGAUGUGCUCCAAUACACUGGCAUUCUGAAAUGUCACAUCACAUUGAUCAUCAUCCAACAGAUCUCUGUGUACUUUGCCUUCUUCAACAGUGUCCUUAACCCGAUUCUCUACGUCAUUGCUGGAAAAAACUUCAGAAGAAGAGCUAAGGAACUCUCCAAGCAGUGGAACAAUAAGACUACAGAAACAUUCAGCCUCAUGUCAACUCGCAUGACGACUCUGAGGCUGACAAAGUCUCAAGCUGCUCUGUGA